AUGGUUAAACCAAUUAAAAGUAAAAAAAAUAAAGAAGAGAAAAAUGAAGAAAUGAAUACAGAGGAAAUUAAUACAGAGGAAGUAACAACAGGAAAAGUUGAAUUAGAUUUAAAUCAAGUUAAAAAAGAUAAACAAUUUAAUCCAUAUGCUGCAGGUGAAAAAAAAGAAACAAAAAAAGUUAAACUUACACCAAGAAAACAAUUAAAGAGAAAGAAAGGUAUCGAAAAUGCAUUAAAUAGAAUAGAAAAGGAUCAAGUAUUUUUAGAGAAAAAACAAAAGAAAAUGCAAAUUAAAAAGAAAUGGAAUUCAUUAUAUUAA